AUGGCUUCAAGAUCGAGAAGGCAAUUUGCACCCCUAAAGAUUGGGUCCACGGCCGGCAGUCAUCUGCCCAAACUGAGGGGAAUCGUUUUUGAUGUGGAUGGGACCUUGUGCCAACCUCAGAACUACAUGUUCGCCGAGAUGCGCAAGGCCCUCAACAUCACCAAGAAGACCGACAUCCUAGAGCACGUCUACUCGCUCCCGACCCCUGAGGCCCGCGAGCAGGCGAUGGAGGCCAUCCGCGACAUAGAACGCACAGCUAUGGCUUCUCAGAAACCCCAGCCGGGCCUCGUCCAGCUGAUGACCUACCUCGAUGACCGCGGCAUCCCGAAGGGCAUUUGUACUCGCAACUUCGACACCCCCGUGAACCACCUGCUCACUAAGUUCCUGUCUGAGGUCGAAGCUUUCCACCCCAUCGUCACGCGCGAGUUCAGGCCGCCGAAGCCGGACCCAGCAGGUAUCCUGCACAUUGCGUCGAGCUGGGGGCUCACCAAGGAGGGGUCAUCAGGUCGAAAGGCGGCAGUGCUGGAUGGGGAGAGGAUCCGAGACGCUGAUGCGAGCGGGCUGAUUAUGGUUGGCGACUCGAUCGAUGACAUGACGGCUGGUCGGAAAUCUGGCGCUGCGACGGUGCUGCUUGUUAAUUCUGCCAAUGAGCAUCUCGUAGAGCACGAGCACACAGAUGUAGUGAUAUCGCGGCUGGAUGAGCUGAUUGGAAUCUUAGAAGAGGGGUUCAAGGGACGAGAGUUUUGA